AACUUUUAGCGGGAUUUUAUUGAAAUUUAUUUUCAUUCAUAUACACAAAAUAGCGCCACGUAUCGGAUUGUUGGCGAACUAGGGCAAAGACGUAGAUCGUGGGAGUUGGACGUGUGUCGAUCAUCAUGAAGUAAAUAAUUUAAAUAUGGAAUAACAAAUCGUGCUAUUAGUAAUUGUGUUGUAAAAUGAUAAGUGUGUAAAUGUGUGUAAUUGACGGCAAUGUGUGUAAACGUUACAAGAACUAAAAGUGUAUUACUACAACAAUAUAAAUAUAUACAAUAUUCAAGAUGGCUGGAAUUUGAAGGACCUCUUUGUCCCUAAUGUCAAUAUGAAAGUGGUGUGGAUUGCUGAUGGUACAAAGAUUGAGAGGGAAUGCGUGACAUGUUCAUCCAAUCCCAGCAGUUGGGUACAAGUAGUAGCAGCGGGGUGGUGCAAACAAAGAAGCGCAAGACAGAACAUUAUAUUAGCGAACCUUUCGCACAGCAGCAAACCGCAUAUUCAGUAAACAGUUCGAGUCAAACAGAUUUAAAUCAUGCUAGUCCUAAUAAUCAACAACCGUUCGUGCGGGCGUCAACUAUUAAAUUGUUAGAUACGUACCAACGCUGCGGCCAGAAGCGAAAAGCUUGGUCGCGGGAAGGUAAUGGUGAUAGCGGGGAGACUCUUAUUAAUACGAGUACUGGCAACGAAACCACCACGACGGCCCACAGUAAGGUUACUGCGGCCCCUGGGGCCAACCCGCAGCCUCAAGGAGGCUCGGGUAGCGGGGCUGAUGGAGACUAUCAGCUAGUGCAGCAUGAGGUGCUCUACUCAAUGACAAAUCAAUAUGAAGUGUUGGAAUUUUUGGGACGAGGUACCUUUGGACAGGUUGUGAAGUGUUGGAAAAAGGGUACCAAUGAAAUUGUGGCUAUUAAAAUUUUGAAAAAUCAUCCAUCUUAUGCUAGACAGGGUCAAAUAGAAGUUAGCAUAUUGUCACGAUUAAGUCAAGAAAAUGCGGACGAAUUUAAUUUUGUACGGGCGUACGAAUGCUUUCAGCACAAGAACCACACGUGUCUUGUGUUCGAGAUGCUCGAACAGAACUUAUACGACUUCCUGAAGCAAAACAAGUUUAGUCCACUACCGCUUAAAUACAUUCGACCGAUUCUGCAACAAGUCCUUACUGCUUUGCUAAAACUAAAGCAACUAGGCCUCAUUCACGCAGAUCUAAAACCUGAAAACAUAAUGUUAGUUGAUCCGGUAAGGCAACCGUAUCGUGUUAAAGUAAUAGACUUUGGAAGCGCAAGUCACGUUAGUAAGGCAGUAUGUAACACCUACUUGCAGUCUCGAUACUAUCGAGCGCCAGAGAUUAUUUUGGGACUGCCAUUUUGCGAAGCGAUAGAUAUGUGGUCUUUGGGUUGUGUUGUGGCCGAACUGUUUUUGGGCUGGCCUCUGUAUCCGGGUUCUUCAGAGUACGAUCAGAUUCGAUAUAUUAGUCAAACACAGGGGUUACCAACCGAACAUAUGUUGAAUAAUGCCUCAAAAACUACAAAAUUUUUCUAUCGAGAUAUGGACAGCACAUAUCCAUUUUGGCGACUGAAAACACCCGAAGAACACGAGGCGGAAACGGGAAUUAAAUCUAAAGAAGCGAGGAAGUACAUAUUUAAUUGUUUGGACGAUAUUGGGCAGGUGAACGUACCGACGGAUUUAGAAGGAGGCCAGUUAUUGGCAGAGAAAGUCGAUAGGAAAGAGUUUAUAGACUUGCUUAAACGAAUGCUCACAAUGGACCAAGAAAGGCGUACAACACCCGGAGAAGCGUUGAAUCAUCCAUUUGUACGUUUAGCUCACUUAGUCGAUUAUGCUCACUGCAAUAACGUUAAGGCAAGUGUUCAAAUGAUGGAGGUGUGUCGGCGAAACGAUUAUAAUAACACCGGUGCUACUACUCAUCAUCAACCGGCGCAACAGGCACCAUCUUUAGUAGCUAAUUUCGUUCCUAGCUCCAAUGGAAAUGUCACAUUUACUAUUAAUAAUCAACUGACCAAUCAAGUGCAGAGGUUAGUGCGUGAACGCUCAGGAUAUGAUAACUUAUAUCAAAUUUACAACGGGCGGUCUGUUGGGAGGCAAUAUACGACCAGUAGUCGAGCAGAUCCAUUUCAACAUCAACUUGUCUCUAGCAUACUUUGUCCUGCUGGUUAUCAAGGAAUGGGCGCUAGCCCUGCUAAACACGUCACUGUAGUGCAACAGCCUCCCCUACAGAUACAACCUCCUAUACUAAGCCAACCUGGUCAACAGCAGUAUGUCCCAGUCAGUGUAGUUGAACCAAAUGGUCGACAGAUGUUGUUGACCAAUGCGGUUCAAACGUCCUGGCCGGCAAACAGGCAGAUGGCAAUUGUACCAUCCUGGCAACAAUUACCACCACAGCACGCCUCGAUCCAACAACCGAUCCUAUCGGAUGCUGCCGAUUGGGGCAGACCACUUCUGGUAGAUUCUUCUGCCAUUUUGCAAGAACAGCGUCCGGUAUUUCCUGUGGACGUGGCGACCGAAGUUUACAAUCCUGCAAUCGUCGAGCAUACAGCUCCUUGGACUUCCAGCAAACGAAGUUCAAAAAAUCAUCACAUGCAACAGCCCAGUUCGCAUCACGGGCACCACCAUCUAAUGGUCCCCACACAUCGAUCCCAACACGACAAAAAAGAACAGACUCAACUAAGUCCCGUGAAAAAACGCGUCAAAGAAAGUACACCACCUUCGGAACACAUGAACGGAUACAACAGUGGCAGAAGAAAUCACAGUCCCACCAACGGUCACUGGCAGCAUACUUACCAGUCGCAUGGCAAACACUCAAACUCGUACAAUCACCAUCACGCAAACGGAAGUAAUCGACAACAUACCAUAACAAUAAACGACACGCCUUCGCCUACUGUUUCUGUGAUUACCAUCUCGGAUAGCGAGGACGACACGACGCCGGCGGGAAAAUCAAAUCGACGUGGUCAAUCGAAUCAAAAUAAUACUGGCGCUUCUACUAAACAUAGGAAGAAUGUUAUCAGCUGUGUUAAUGUCGGAGAUAGUGAUAAUGAAGAUCAAAAGGUUGGAUGCAAGACAAUGGGGCAAGUGUAUCAUCAAGAAAUAAAACACGAGGUUGCACCGAAUGUAAACUAUUCUACUCAGUCUCAAAAGAAACGGUUGCUUGCCAAAGCACAAUCAGAAUGCAUGCUAAAUGUGCCCACAAAACAGGAACCGGGCAUUGAAUACCAUCAGCACCAUCGUUCGAAUGAAUAUUUAAUACCACAACAGCCUCAUAUUCACGCAAGCUCUCAUUGUACAUCCGCUUGUAAGGAACAAAUUCAGGCGUACCAUUACAUAAAUGCAGCUCCUAUGAAUCACAUCAAUAAUCAAGAUCAGCAUGUGGUUUAUGCUACAAAUGACAAAAGAGUUUCUUGGGCACCACCAGCUGCACAUGCCCCGAACUCAUCGCAUGGGAGUCAACGUCGCCACUCCGCCGUACCUGUUGUGAAUCUUCGUGAUUAUAACAUACCUAACCAAGCACAUAAGGAGUACAUACAACCACCCGCUGCACAUUCGACUAGAGAUAGUUUGGCUGUCGCUCGUGAACAACACUUAUUGGCACCUGGCAAAAGUUGGGCACAUCCUCAAACGAUUCAUCAAAGUUAUAGACAUAGCAACUCUCACCUUUCACCACAACCACUCGCCGGUGCACCUCGUUUAUCACCGCAACAUUCACUUGCCGCCGCCGCCGGCCAGCCUUUAUAUCAUCAAACUGAGUUAUAUCGUCGGCCGGCCGUUUACGUAACAACCACUCAACCUGCAUAUCUUCCUGCCACGCACCAAGUAGCGCCUGCGGGUCGUGCACUUCCUCCUCCUGCGCAUCAUUCUAGUGCUCGACCUGUUCUGGCAAGUCACACAACUCAUCCAUUACCCGCACAUUUACAAUUUCCUUCUCAUCCGCAAGUCGCUGCUGCGCCGUACGGAUUUGCUCCGCUCAGUCCAGCAAAGACCCAUCAAUAUCAGUCAAGUUUCUGGUUUGCCGAAUAAACAAUUCUUGAUGAAAGAAGAUUAUUAAUUAGUUUUGUAAGUACUAAUUUUUUAUUAUCCUCCGAUAAUAUUGCAUAACUUGAAAUCCAUUGUUAUUAAUGGUCGUAUUUAUUUUGUUAUUGUAAGUAAAAUGGCUUUUCGCCGGUUAUGAUUUGUUUCUUUUUUUUUUAAUUUUAAAGGGUAUUUAUAAUAAUUGUCAAAGUUUUUUCUAGUUCUAGUCGUAGUUAAUUUUUUUCAAAUUAGUGGGUUGUUUUCUGCUUUUUUUGAGUUUAACGCGUAAUUGAAAUAUUGAUUAUGCAGUAUUGUCUACUAUUAAACUUGAAACCAUUGUAUAAAGAUCAAGUGCAAUUUUUUAAUAAGUAGAGUUUAGUUACUGCAUUUCGUAUUGUAAUUAUAUACUCGAGUGGUUUAAUUUAAUUUGUUAUUUGUUGGUGUCAGCACUGUAAUAAGCGUACUACGUUAAGUGAUAUAAUAAGUACUGGUAUUUAAUUUUUAAAAAAGGUAGUUUUUGUAUCUUACUUUUUAAACUUUGUAAAUAUGAACUUUUAUUGUAACUAACAAGUUAUAUACUUAUUAAUUUUAUCUAAAGACGGAGAGGAAGCUAAUGUGAUACAAUACUGAAUGAACACGUGAACUGUUAUAUUUUAAUCUUUUUAUUUUUAAGGGAAACUUUGAAUUUAUUUUUACGGAUUAUGCAUCUUAGCCAAAUCUGGAAUUUCGUGUAAUUGACUUUUAUUUGUAUUCGUGUUGUAAUGCUUUUAUGUUAGCUAUAGUUAUUAAUGUAGGUAAGUGUUUCUAUGUCUAGUAUGCAUGUCUAAAAUCAAAAUGCAUGCAUCCUAGUUGUUUAAUUUUUAUAAUCGCUUAAUCUCGAAUUAAGAAACAUUUACUAACAUCACACGCAUUUUAACCACAAUAAUUCAAAUUAAUUGCAUACAAUUUUAGGAUAUAAAAUUCACAAAUUUUUCCGCUUUUACUUUUUACGGUACUUUCUCGCUAGCCGUAUACCAUGUUGUGUGUUGAAUGUAUUUAUGAGGGUAGAUGUAUAGUGAAAUAUUUUAAGAUCUGCCUAAAAUUCUCGUAACUAUUCACUAAAUAGCACACGACAGACUUAGUUUAGGUGGCCGUGUUAUAAAAAAUUAUUUAAAUGUAGGUAUAUACAUAUAUGGCCUUAAAAAAUUGCUUUAAUAUUUUCGCGUGUAGUUAAAAUGUCCUGUUUCUUUGAAAAAUUUAGUCAAUUUAGAUCAUAUUUAAAUAAUCUCGCCAUUUCGGGACGUUUCAUUAAAUCACAGGGUGGGACAGCACAGUGAUGGUCUUUUCAUGUGAAUUUAGUGGGGGCUACGAUUUGGAAUUCAAUUCGCAUAUCGGCCGUUUUGUUCCCUAGUUUGUAAUUUUCAUCUGUGUCAGUUCCACUAUUAUUUUGUGAUAAUUUACAUUUAGAGGCACACUAUUUAUCUCUCUGCUUUUUUUUUGUUAUUAUUUAUUUAGCUUUUUUAAGUUUACUUUAGGAAAUACCAAGAGCUGUGAGAUAUACAACUUUGCGGGCGCACUUGUAGAUAAACCCAUCGCUGAUUUUCUUUUUCCUGAGUUUAUUUGUGCCGAAUUCUAUGCUCAAAACUCGUAUUUUAGUAUUUGCAUAUCGCUGAUCGGUGCCACGAACGUGUCACUUUUAUAAUGAAAAUAUAUUUAAAAUGUUUCAAUUUCAAAGAAACGGCUAUUAUAGUUACUUGAAUUAUUAGUACUGAUUAAUAUAACUCGAUGUGCCUCUUAGUUUGACUUAACCGUUGGUGUUUUGACGUUUGUCGAUUUAGAUAGCUGUAUGUCAUUCUUCAAACUUUUAUUAACGUCAAUGAAGUUACGGCAAUAGUUGUGAUAUUUAAGAUGAUCAUUUUAAAUUGUAUAUAUAUUAUAUAAAUAUAUGCCUAAUAAUAAUAAAAUGGUGGGUUUUAUAAAAUAUGUCCGAACCCACCGAAGAGGGUUUAACAUUCAAAGUAGAUUGGUACAAUGCCGAGAACUCUACAGAGUUUUAUAUUAUUGGUAGUUGUACAAAUAAAAAUAUUUUUGGAUUGUGUAGAUUAGAUUGGUGAUGUUUUUAGUAUUUGCGUGUUAAUAUUAUGAAAAAAGUUAAUAGCGUAGUCUACCAUACUUUGUACAUAUACGUCGUCUUACUACAUCUCUAAGGUUCCUUUGUUCCUUUACGCUUUUAAACAGUCAUAAGAUUAAUGGUUCGUGUGUUGGUGUGUUUGUAUGCUUCGUAGGAUUGUUUCUUUCAAUUUUAGUAAAUGCAAUUUAUUGCCUUAAUCAGAACAAUAUGUAAUGAUAAUAAAAUUUUCUUGUAGUCGCACCAAAGAUUUUAAUUUGCAAGUUUAGGAAGCGAAUGAUGUCUCUUUAACUAAUUAAAAAAAAAGCACAGGGUGUCCCAUGAAUUAACACUUCAUUAGUGUUACUAUAAUAGACUGUUGCCAAAUUAGGUAUUAUUGUUAUUUUGGGCAUCGAAUCAUUUUCAUUGUAAGGUUGGCCUAUAUUUUUGUUUCAAAAAUUCGCAGUAUUACUGGUUUAACUUUUGUACAUAUUGCUUCUUUUACUUUCGUUUGGUGUUAUAGUUUAAUAUUACGCUUGUGGAAUAUAUCAAAACCUAGCACAAUAAAAAUAACCUAGUACCUCAAUUAUCCGACACUAUAUCUGUCGAUCUCUCUAAAACGUACUACAUUGAUCGUGCUUAGAUGCUUUUAUUCAUUUAUAUUAUGCGUAUACUAAUUGGAUGUUGGGUUGAUUUAUUCUAGUUACCAUUUAUGUAUAUUAUUGCUUAACAAAACCUCACAUUUAUCUUAUUUUUUUUGUUUGAAUGUUAAUUUUUAUAUGUAUAUCAACUAUCUAUGUGUAGCACAAACUAUUUACAUUUUUAAUGACCUAAAGGCUGCACGACAGAAAAUUUUAGAUUUAGUGUGGGUUUAUAUAUUUGUAAACUCGAUAUUUAGUAAUUAAUAUUACUAGUGUGUACUCAAGACUGGUGUUUUUGAUGUCAAUAGCUAUGUAGAGGUGUAUACACCACUUUAACGGUGAUAGGCUGUAGUAGCGAUUUAUAAUAAUUAUUGCAUAAUGUUAAUAAUGUACUAACAAUUUUUUAUAUGGAAUGUCGGUAUUUUAGUUGUGGUAUUUGUAUGUUAUCAACUUUAAUGGGUUUUCUGGUAUAUUUCUAACCUUUGAUUGUAUUGGAUGUUUAAAAUGGAAAAUAUCUGUUCUUUUGUAUUAGUAUGGCAAAUCCUUUCCAAAUCUAGUACGUAAUGCCUACGAGAGUGGUUUAGUUUCCCGCAACAUCUCGCCACUUACUUUGUAGGGUAGGAGAUUAAUAAAGUGAUGACAAUAAAUUAGAAUUAUAUUUUUGUUAAUAACGAUGUAGAAUUGGCUUCCAUUUCAAGAGUUUGUUUAGUUCCCUGAUCCAAUCUAGUCUUAAAAUCGACUUCGAUAAUUGCCAUACUGAUACCUUCGUUAAUUUGAGAAAAUCCAUUAGCUUACGAUUGUCUAAUCUAUUGUAAUCCAUUUGGUGAUUUUGUAUAUUUAUUAACUUGUAGAGUACAAAACUAUGGUUAUAAUAAUACCUACUUAUUAAAAAUUACUAGAAUUUUAUCACAGCUGUUUUUUAAUCUUACCACAUUGAAAUAGUAUAUAAAAUUAGAACAUGCGGUGUUUCUCGAUGACAUUUAAAUUGUAAUAGUAAGGGAUAAUUAGCAUUGAGAUUUGCCGCUUUAAUAGUAAGAAAUCUUUCGAUUACAUUGCACUACAUACUAAGUGUUUCCCUGUUGCAAAUUUAGACAAUCCGAACACGUAAAACAUUUUGUGUCUUUAAAAAUGAUGCGAAUCAAAAGUUAAUAGAAGGUCUGAUGCUUGUAUACUGCUAAUGUGUUAUAUUUCGUGAAAGUUUCAACGUUACAUAUCAAGCGAUACUUUCCACUAGUUAAUAAAUAAUCAGACGAAGUUACGUUUACACAAUGUUUCCGUUUAAUCGUGUGGAUAUUUAGAAAUAAUCGAACAUUAGCAGGGUACAUAAAUGUAGUGCAUCUAAUUCUAAAAAAAAUUUUAUUAACGUCCAUGUAUUCUGAAUUCCCAGCAUAUAAUUUGAAUGUGACACGCCACAAAAUUACUCUUAACUACUGUCUGGGCAAUUCAGAACUUUACUCGUUAAACUUUUGACUGCACAAUAUACAGACUGUGUCGCAUGACCUGCCAUAACCAAAUUAGUUGGACCAACUAUUUAAAACAACACAUUUCAUACGAUGCGAUGAUAUUCACGCUGGGUGUUUUAUUCACUAUUAUAAAAUAAUGACUGUUAAUGUGAUUUGGCCUCAAACCAUUUGUAAUUUAUUGUAAUAUAGAAUUAUUGCAUGUAAAAUAGAUUUAUAAUUGUAAAGCUUGCAUAGAAUUUGAGCUAUUUUAGUAAUGUUUUUCAUUCUCUUAAAUAAAUAAAAUGAAUGUUGCCUUUUUGUCAUAAUAUUGGUACCUAUAUGUAGUGAAAACUAUACUGCUAAUAGAUAGACGUUGUGGGUCAUUGUAGCCACUACAUGUACUUUUGGUAUCAAAUAAAUAGUCAUUCUUC